GGACCAUUUUCCCUCCGCUUGCGAUCGCCGGAGCUCAUAUUCCGGCUCGCCUCGCCGCUUGAUCGUCCGCUUCCCCCAUUCCCAUUGUUGAUCUCGCAUGGCUUGGCAGUCUCCCUCGGCCAUGGCUGGGGGUGGAGGCUUCGUCGGGCCCGGAGGUGAUGGGUCCCCCAAUGGCGGGCAACCCCAGGGCACAGAAUACACUUUACAAGGUGUGAUGCGCUUUCUGCAGACCGAAUGGCACCGGCACGAACGAGACCGCAACGCCUGGGAGAUUGAGCGCGCGGAGAUGAAGUCCCGCAUUGGCAAGCUAGAGGGCGAUGUCCGCACGAGUAAACGCUUACAUGAGUCGCUGGGGAAGCACGUCCGCUUGCUGGAGGCCGCCCUGAAGAAGGAGCGCGAGAAGGUCAAGAAGCUCAGUAACAAUGAGAAGGUCGAUGACACUCGAGAUCCGAAGGAGAUCGCCCGGGAGAGUAUCAAUGCGUUAAAAGCUCAACAUCCUCGGCCGCAAGGCGAUGUGACCGAUGCGGAGCAUAAUCCUGAAAACCACCACGAGUUCCGCCAAGAGAACGAGCGGGAUAAGUCGCGGAUAUAUCUGUCCAAGUGCUCGCAGGAAGUUGCGUACCAUGUCAUUCCUUCAUCCCACCCGCCCCCCGAUCUCAGUGAUCAAGACCUUCCGAACCAUAUCUACGGCAAUCAGCAGCAAAUGUCACAACAGACCUUGGAGGAGGUCUACCUGCAGCAACAGCGGCAGAAACAACACCAGCAGCAGCAGCAGGCGAACAACAUGAUGGCUCGGGAAGUGGCCCUGCAGAAUCACCAGCCCAUCAUCACGCAUUUCCCGGACAACGCCGCCCUUUCUCGUGCUCCUAGCCAGUUCGGCUAUCCUCCUGGCUCGAGGGAGGCAAUGGAGAGAAGACCCAUGGAACCGCAACAGACCCCGAUUACUGCCCUGGAAAACCGGAAGCAAGGGUUCGAAUCUGCCCCAAUGGAAGAGCGUGCUGGCACGGGGGAGCAGGUAUAUAAUGGAUACGGUUCGCAAGUAACAACCAAGGAGGGGACCCGGCAACAGCAACCUGUAGACGAUGCAGAUGGUUGGAAUUUUGAUGAACCUACGGAUGCAGCUCCCCCUGCUGAGCAAAUACCUCCUCACCGCCCCGAUGUCGAUGCUUUCCCAAAUGCCAAUUUUGUGGGCGCCAAGUCUCCGGCGCGGGGUGGUUCAGUCUCCCAUCGCCGAAAGAGCUCCGGUGCCAGAAGGAAGAGUGAAGGUGCUGCAGAUCUUGCGGCGUCGAAACCAGAUACUUCCUUCAAGGUUCGUUUCGCUCUCCGAGGUCACUUGGAUGUUGUCCGUUCCGUAAUCUUCACGGGUGGCGGCAGCCCUUCAGAGCCUGAGAUCUGUACGUGCGGCGAUGAUGGGACAAUCAAGCGCUGGAUUAUUCCGGCAACCUAUGGUACGUUUGGCGCCCACGGCGCCAACUCGAGCAACGAUCUGGACAUCACGAGCUACUUCACCCACCGCGGACAUGUAGGAGCUGUGACUGCGCUAGCGGCUUGCUCGCCUUCACAGAACUUCUCCAACGGUGGUCGCGCGCUUGGCGAUGGGUGGGUGUUCUCCGGUGGACAGGACUCCAGCGUGCGUGUCUGGGAACGUGGAAGGGUUGAUCCCAAGGCCACACUUGAAGGUCACACGGAUGCAGUAUGGGGCCUGUGUGUUCUUCCUGGAACAGCGGGAUCUGUCUUUGGCGAUUCCUGCAGCCAUUACGGCGGGCCUGAUCGGAUCCUGCUUGCGUCGGGUGGUGCCGAUGGGCGGAUUAUCAUCUGGGCAGUCAGCGCACCACCUCAGCUUUCGUCACCUCAAGCAGGAUCCCGACGAGCGGGAGGCAGCCGGCGAGCUAACUCUAUCUCGUCCGGUUCCAACUUCCCAUCGUCGCCACAGCCGAGCACGGCAACCACCACGCCGUUCCACUACACAAUGGUCCGUCAGAUCGUGCGCUCGGAUUCCCCUUCGCCUACGUGUAUCAGUCCAUUGUCGCUUGCAGGUAUCAACUUUGUUGUCUCCUACACCGACGCAUCGAUCCUAGUUUACGAUACGAGGACGGGUGAGGAAAUUGCAGGGAUGGCCAGUCUAGAAACGUACGACGGCACGCCCUCGACCGGGGUCAAUGCGGUUGUUGCCACAACAGUCGGAUUUGAUGGCUCGGCCGGCCUUGAUCCCAGCCGGACAAUGGCGGAAGAGGAGGUUGUUCAUGGCGCGACUGGGUCAAGCGGUGCCGAGGGGGUGAUUAUCAGCGGAUACGAGGACCGUUAUAUUCGUUUCUUCGAUGCUAACAGCGGCCAAUGCACAUACACUAUGCUCGCUCACCCGUCAGCGAUUGCCUCGCUCUCCCUGUCUCCAGAUGGACGAGAGCUUGUGUCGGCAGGCCACGACGCUAGUCUGCGGUUUUGGAACCUCGAGAAGCGGAGCUGCACUCAAGAAAUCACGAGUCACCGGCUGAUGCGUGGUGAAGGAGUGUGUUCUGCCGUGUGGAGCCGCGACGGCCGCUGGGUAGUCAGUGGAGGAGGCGAUGGCGUCGUCAAGGUCUUCUCAAGAUAACGAGGGGGGUUAAUUUAAAGCUUCCGCGAUGUAUG